CCACACAAAUAAAAGUAUCUAUUAUAAAUACACAAUUAUGCAUAGAAAGUUGUGCUACAAAAGGAAUCAAACUCCAACGCAGUGUUACUUCCCCUUAUCGGUACAGUUUGACAAUAUUCCUUCGCGGAGGUUGCAAAGGGAACUAGAAUGGUGUCGUAUACCGGCGGCUCAAUAAUGUUAUUAAGUAAAAAAAAUGGCGUAACUAAAACAAAUGAACACAAAACAAAUGCGCAUGUCUACAUGAUGUUCAUGAUGCUUAACAAGUUUUAUUUGAAAUGAAGAGAAAUGUAGGAAACUACAAUGUAGUUGUCAUAGUCGUCAAAGAAGGGUCACAACUCCGUAUAAAAUAAUCGACCAUAAUAAUCAGGACAACAUGCACAUGCCCUCUUCAUGUUGUUAAUGUAUACCAAGUUACAAUUCGUUGGAUGGAAACUGUAGGACUUGAGCUCACAAUGUGAUGAAUUAUUUCGAGGUCCAAAAGGGCAACAACUCCAGAAAAAUAAUUAGGCAUAAAAGUCCCGAUACAAUGCUCGUGUCCCCUUCAUGUUGAUGAUGUAAACAGAGUUUUAUUGUAUUGGUUAAGUUCUUCGACACCGGAGACAUAAAAGGAGUUUAUUAUAAUUAUAUCAACACCAUCCCUAUUGGAAUAAGUACGCUUUAAAAGAUUUCUUAAUGUAGUAAGCUGGUUUUAAGGGAGCUUCUAUCUAUAACACUGAUCUCUGAGCUAGAAGUCCGAGUCAUAAAUUGUACAUGUCAUCUUGUUAUGAUGAAUAUUUGUGCUACGUUAUGUGAGCUGCAAUACAUUCAGAAAAAGUUACAGACAGAAAAAGUUUAAUUUUUGGCUACUUAAUUGUGACUUUGACUAUCAUUUGAAUUUAGCAUGUGUCACAUCGAAUGAUAACAUUCAAUGACCAUGCCAAAAAAUUUGAAAAUCCACUCAAUCAAGGAAAAGUUACUGACAAUGAGAAAAGCUUUAUUUGAAUCUCACUUUCCACCACAAAGGUUACUUAUCAGCAAAAGUACAUGAUAAAAGCAAUAGCACAUUUACAUUGAAAACAUCAUGAAACAUUUUCUAUAAAACAAGUACGAAAGACUUAUACUUUCUCAACAAGACUAGAUUAUUAAGUUACAAUUUUUAUAAGCUCAAAGAACUGGAAAAAAAUAUUGUGCCAUUAAUGAUUAGAUGAUUAAUAAAAAUGAACGUUUCUAAACUUCCAUAUAAAUAAUGUCAUUAACAAUUUUGAGGUUUUAAAGCAUUUGCAAAUUAAUAUAAAGCAGGUUCUUCAUGCAUGACAAAUAUUUCUUUUUCCCUAAUUCUUGAUAUUUCUUCUCUGAUUCUCCCAAUUUGUGUCUGGAAAUGUGAUUACACAUUUUGUAUUAUCUAUGUUACAAUUUUUUUGUAGAAUUAUGCUCAGAAAAUAGAAAAAAACAACAACAAAAAAAAAACAACAAAAAACAAUGUUGUUUCAGUAUUGACUGGAAAUAUAUUUUCCAGACGAGUACAUCUUUCUUAACUUCCAUAUGCAUUUGCCAUCAACAAUUGUGAGAUUUCAAUGUAUUUUGCAAAUUAAUCUAAGGCAGAUUCUUCAUGCAUGAUGCAUAUAAUUAAACUAAAACUAAACUAAGGGUUUUAAACUUUGAAUGUAGUUUUAUGACAGAAUGCAAUUAUUCCGCAGGAAAUUCUUACUGUAAAGUGCAAAUGAAAAUUUAAGAAGGACCCAGUAAAAGGCAGAAUCAUUAUUGCUAAGUUAGUAUCUAUAAGUCUGAUAUCUACAAUACAAAAUAGGAAAAUGUACACGACAAAAUACUUUUUUUUGUAAAUUAUCAACUGUAUGACAUAGAUAAAACAUAGCCGGGUAACGCAGGGUUAAAGAUCAUGAUAUAAUGCUUACACCAUUACUAGGGAUAUAAAUACAGAUCUUUUACAAAUCCCACUUUAGUAAUUAUACCUUCCGUGAAAUUAAGUUGUAAAUUCUUCUAACGCGCAUACUUUUCACAUGCGUGAAAAGAAAAUAUCUAGUUGUGCUGUUGGAUUUUUCCUUGUUUUUAUGUCCAUGUUAUCAUUUAUCGGUUAUUUCUGCGUGAUUCACUCUUUAGUUUGUAUUUAUGUGAUAACAUUUCAACUUAACUGAAUUUGAAACAGGAAGUAAAUGAUUAAAUAAUAUUUAAACUUUCGGUUUCCGAAAAGUUAAUGGCUGUUAAGGAAAGUAUCUUUACGUUUUUGUCAUUAAAUAAUAUUCAUUGCACACUAAGUUUGACAGUAAUUUUGACAUUAAUAUAUUGUUUCUCUUUGUGUUUAAGUAGCCAUGCAGGAUGGGCCCGAAAUUUAAAUUUACACAAUAUAUAUAUAUAUAUGCAUAACACUGUAAUUAUGUGUGUCAAUUACUGGAAUUACUUUGGACAGGUAUCUACUUACAAUAUGCUAAACUAGUAUUGUAAACAUAGUGGUCUUACAAGCAAUGGCUUCUGGAGGAGGUGCUAUUGAUCAAGAGACAAAGGAAGCGUACUAUCUGCGACUUCACUUCCUGUUAGUACAAGAGGGUACAUCUAUAUUAAAAGCAAUCUUCGAUCAGUGUGUUCCCCCAAGUCAGCUUCAAGCCACGCUCCAGAAAUACUCUGCGAGGAAACAGAAAGCGAAGAAAGGCAACAGUAUCGUCAGAACAAAUUAUGAUCUACUUUAUCCAAAACAGAAUCAACCGAAUUCAAAUACCUUUGAUAUUUCCUUGUUCUUUUACCUAUUAAGAAAUAUCAGCAGUCUCAACACAGCAUCACAGUGGUGGAAUGAGAAAGAAAACAGCAAUAUACCAGACACAGUAGUAGAUGUAGAAGCUGAUAUUGUCAGAAUCAAAAAUGUGAGGAAUAAGAUGCAACAUAAAACAAUCGCUUCUCUCGAGCAGUCAGAGUUUCUUUCCAUGUGGAUUUUGCUUGAAAAGGUUAUGCUUCGACUUGCGGCGAAAUGCAAUUUCAGUCUAAGUGACCAAAAGCAGAAAAUUGAUGGGGUAAAAACAAGAAAACAUGACUUAGUUUCACAGGAAAUGAGGAGUCUGAGAGCACACACAAAGAUCUUUCUUAAAGAUUAUAAUGACAGUAAACAGUAUGUAGAAACGAGCGCAUACGGAAAGGCAAAAGAUAUUCUAAAGAAAAAACGAAUAGUCGUUUUGACCGGUCAUCCCGGCGAAGGUAAAACUGCUAUGGCUGCCAGAUUAGCCCUGGAUAUGAGCCACAUCAAUAACUGUGUAAACUUGUCCGGACCUUCUGAUUGGCGUAUGCUUUCUUCCGAGCUUGACUUGAAGUUAUUGAAUACUGUAAUCAUAGAUGACAUAUUUGGUGACGGCGCUUUAGAUCAAGGACUGGUAAGUGACUGGAAACGGUAUUUGAUGGAAAUAGAAAGAGCAGCCAGGAACGGCUAUUUACGAGUUAUCAUUACAUCACGACAUUACAUAUUUGAAGAAUCAAAGGAAGAAAUUACUUCAUUGCCUGGUAUGUUUAAAAAUGAGAACGGAUCCGUGCUUCUUCUCACUUCCGCUGAUCUAUCGCAUGACGAAAGACAUAAAAUUCUCAAAAUCUUAGCCACCAAAAGUGGCAAACACCUGUCUAGAGAUAAAAUUAGGGACUGUAUAAAAGUAUCAGAAGGUAGAUCUGAAGGCGGCGAGGACUUUAUUUUUGGAUUUCCAGAGUGUGCUUCUAUGUUUGUAAGAAAUAAUGAAAUGUUUGAUACCGGGGCAGUAUUUUUCGAAAAACCUGCCUCACUUUUCAAGAGGUACUUAGAAGAACUUUACAAAGGUAAAAAUGAAGAUUUCAUGGCUCUUGUCACUGUCUGGGCGAAAGAAAACAAGCGGCUGUCACAACAUGAGCUGAGGAAAGUCACAACGGUUUCGAAUCAUAUCAAACGUAUGGUUUCAGCAUUUGGCUUUGAGUUAAAUAGAAAGUUUCUAGAUAUGAUGAGAUUGUCUCUUAUUUCACAUGUGGGAGGAUAUCUCGUUUUCAUUGAAACGACAGAGGAGUAUACAUUCAGCCAUAACGUCAUAUAG